AUGGAGACGUUCCGCUUCCGCUUGAACUGUAUCGACAACUACCAGGCCACGCCGACAGACCUCGAUCCAGUCCUCCGACGUAAUACAGGUCCAUCUCAGCGCCAGGGUGCGCCUCAGGUUCCGGUCAUUCGAGCUUUUGGUGCGACCGAGACUGGGCAGAAGGUGUGCGCUCAUAUUCAUGGAGCGCUACCUUAUCUGUACUUGGAGUACAGCGGGAGCUUGGAGAAAGAUGCCGUGACUGCAUAUAUCCUUGCCCUCCGAGCCUCGAUUGAUCAUGCCCUUGCUGCGACCUACCGACGAAACGCAUACGAUGGAAAGUCUGUAUACGUCGGGCAUAUUACCCUGGUUAAAGGCGUGCCCUUUUAUGGAUACAAUGUCGGGUACAAAGUCUUCCUGAAGGUCUACAUGCUCAAUCCAAUGCAUAUGACCCGGUUCGCAGACCUGUUACAUCAAGGAGCCAUCAUGAACCGCGCCUUUCAACCAUACGAGAGCCACUUGCAGUACCUGCUACAGUGGAUGUGUGACUACAAUCUGUAUGGAUGUGGCUAUAUCGACUGCGCAAAAGUCCAGUUCCGCGGCCCCCUCCCCGACAGCGACGAGGUAGAUAUAGACCUCCACAUGUGGCAUGAUGCUUCUAUUCCUGACGAGUUUAUUGCGGAAGAGGGUCAGUACCCACGACAGAGCCAUUGCACGCUCGAGGUCGAUAUCUGCGUCCAGGACAUCCUGAACCGGCACGAGCUUCAAUACCGACCCAUUCACCACGAUUUCCUGGAGCGGUCGAGCCAGAUGCCUAGAAAUCCAGACGACAAAUAUGUCCCAUCCAUGGCUGGAUUGUGGAGGGAUGAGACGCGCCGGCGCAAGCUUCGCAUGGGUCUCACCAAUCCCUCAAGUAGCCCCUUCCCUGCUGAAGUCCUUGUAUCCAUGUCUGCAGAUCCCAGGAAUGCUGAAAAGGGUGGAUGGAUACAUGAAGAGGAAUAUCGCGAUCUUGUAGCAGAACUGAUCAAGGAAGAACGACGCCAGAAAUCAGACGUGAAAUUCGAUACCUUCGUGAAACCAAUCGAAGGUCUAGAGGCCCUCAAGACCGCCGUAGAAAGCAUUGAAGACUUGUAUCCGGAGAACCUGUUGACUCAACAGCUUCCAGACGACAGCCAAGAGCAACGGCUCGAGCUUAAUCAACAGGAGGUGGGUGAAAACAUACCAAUUGUACUACCUGAGAAUAUCGUGCAGCACGGUGAGCCUUCUGUUGGAAAUGCACCAGCUGGAGAUGAGGCAGAGGCAGAAAAUCAGUCCGACACAGAAGAGCAGCAAUCACUGGACCCUUUGACAGUGUCUCUACUCCAAGGCUCUGGCGAGAGGACUACGGAGGAUGAGCUCAUUGAUGAACGCAUUGCUGGCCCAGGCGACGACGGGGCCCCUACCGGAUCUCGCGAUUCGAACAACACACGGAAACGACAUUCUGAGCCAUCGUACGAAGAUUCUGUCAAACGACAAAGGAUACUAGCUGCAACCCAGGGAAGUGCUAAACGCGUUUCAUCCCACGAUGCCGUUAGCGAAGAAGGUAAACAGCACGCGCGCGCUUCGCAGCCCAGCCUGUUGUCACAAACAAGUAUCAAAGCACAGGGAGUUGGCGGACCCACAACACGUUCGUUUCCCGUGGUGAAGAACACAAAUGCACCUGAAACAGUUCUCCGUCUCAGUCAGUCAGGCUUCUCAAACUCGCAAGAAACUCUCAAGACACCCCGGCCUAAGAAUCUCACGGUUAGACUCUCACAGCAGUCCCCGGUGACUCCUUGGACGUAUCACAAGACCUCGUCCGCAUUGGCGAGCAGCAACAGUCCAAAAUCCCGGUCUGAGGCCGUUGCCAUAACAGAGCAGUUGAGCGAGUCUUUCAACCAUCGCUGCUCGGCCGUAUAUUACGGGCAUCUACCUCCUUCGGCUGAUUUGGUCGAUAGUACUAUAAUGCAUGCCGGCCUUCCACCUGUAAUCUACCAGGACGCCUAUUACAGUGAUGAAAAAGACGUACCAGAUCGCUCGCGUGAGUAUGCUGGGCGAGAGUUCAAGCUACAGAGCACCACACUGCCUUAUCUUCCUCCAUUCGACCUAACAGGUACAUCUGCCGCCAACAUUGGAGAGCAUCCGCCUGUUGUGGUAGACAAGAAUAAAGAAGCCGCUGUACAUCGAGCGAGAUCGCAACGGUGUAACUUACGCCAUUGGGAGAUCUCAAAUCCUCCACCAUCUUUCAAAGCAGUGGAAAGUUGGCUGCUACAAGAGAGAAAACAAUUCGAAGUGGUCAAACUUGCAUCAAAUACCGAACAGAAACAAGCACUGAGGCCGCAAAAGACAAAAAUAUCAAAGCAUCUCUCGCAGAUCGAUGGCCCUACACAGAAGAAUAAGCAUGGCUUCAAAUUCUCGCAGAAGAAGAAGUCCACGAGUGUCAAACACGAGACUCAAUACAUGAGCAUUAUGAGCCUUGAGGUGCAUGUCAACUCACGCGGGUCUUUGGUGCCAGAUCCCGCCGAGGAUGAAAUUCAAUGUAUAUUUUGGACAGUGCAAGGCGAGAAGAACGUGACUACUGCUCGCCCGCGUGUCGGCAUACUCUGUCUCUCGGACGAACAUGGCAUUGCCGAGCGAAUGGCCAAACAAGUUUCAGUAGAGGUCGAGUAUGAGGAAGAUGAGCUUGACCUCAUUAAUCGCAUCGUGGAUAUCGUUCGCCAAUUCGAUCCGGAUAUUCUUACUGGUUACGAGGUACACAACGGGUCUUGGGGUUACCUCAUCGAGCGCGCAAGGAUGAAGUUCGAGUACAAUCUCUGCGACGAGAUCAGCAGGAUGAAGUCGCAAUCUCAUGGCAGGUUUGGCAAGGAAGCUGAUCGCUGGGGCUUCACGCAUACAUCGACGAUCCGAGUUACUGGCCGCCAUAUGAUCAAUAUAUGGAGAGCGAUGCGUGGAGAAUUGAAUCUCCUACAGUAUACGAUGGAAAACGUUGUGUUUCAUCUCCUCCACAAGCGUAUACCGCAUUAUCAGCACUCGGAUCUCACAACCUGGUACACGAGCAACAAGCCGCGAGAUCUGUCAAAGGUUCUAGAUCACUUUGUUACCCGCGUGCAGCUUAAUCUCGACAUACUGGAGGCCAAUGAAAUCGUACCACGUACUAGUGAACAAGCUCGCCUCCUCGGGGUAGACUUCUUCUCCGUCAUUUCGCGAGGCUCGCAAUUCAAGGUCGAAUCCACCAUGUUUCGCAUCGCGAAGCCUGAGAAUUUCAUUCUAGUUUCCCCUAGUCGGAAACAGGUCGGCCAGCAAAACGCUCUUGAGUGCUUACCACUAGUGAUGGAGCCACAAAGCGCAUUCUAUUCCAGCCCUUUGCUAGUCUUGGACUUCCAGUCGCUCUACCCUAGCGUCAUGAUAGCUUACAAUUUCUGCUACUCGACAUGUCUCGGACGCAUCGUUAGCUGGCGAGGCCGCAAUAAGAUGGGGUUCAUGGACUUCAAGCGCGAACCUCAGCUACUAGAGCUUGUCAAAGACCAUAUCAACAUCGCGCCCAAUGGCAUGAUGUACGUUAAGCCAGAGAUGCGCAAGUCGCUAUUAGCUAAGAUGUUGGGUGAAAUCUUGGAGACUCGUGUUAUGGUCAAAAGCGGGAUGAAGCAGGAUAAAGAUGACAAGACUCUACAACAGCUGCUCCAUAAUAGACAGUUAGCCCUUAAGCUACUAGCAAACGUCACUUACGGAUAUACAUCAGCAUCCUUCUCAGGCCGCCUCCCUUGCUCCGAGAUUGCAGAUAGCAUCGUCCAGACGGGGCGCGAAACUCUCGAGAAGGCCAUUGCCCUCAUUCACGCUACCGAGAAAUGGGGCGCCGAAGUUGUAUAUGGAGAUACAGAUUCCAUCUUCGUAUACCUCAAAGGACGCACACGCGAUCAAGCAUUUACCAUCGGCGAGGAGAUCGCCGCAGCCGUCACUGCAGCAAACCCACGACCCAUUAAGCUCAAAUUUGAGAAGGUAUAUCAUCCCUGCGUCCUUCUAGCCAAGAAGCGCUACGUAGGCUUCAAGUACGAGUCAAGAAACCAAAAGGAGCCCGACUUCGACGCAAAAGGUAUCGAGACAGUGCGUAGAGAUGGCACACCCGCAGAACAGAAGAUCGAAGAGCGAGCCCUGAAGAUCCUUUUCCGAACAAGUGAUCUUAGUCAAGUGAAGCGGUACUUCCAAGAACAAUGUGCAAAGAUCAUGGAAGGUCGCAUCAGUCUCCAAGACUUCCUCUUCGCGAAAGAAGUCAAACUAGGCACAUACUCCGACCGCGGCCAGCCACCGCCAGGCGCGCUUAUUGCUACGAAGCGCAUGCUCGCCGAUCCGCGCACGGAGCCUCAGUACGGUGAGCGCAUACCCUACGUUGUCAUUACUGGUGCGCCUGGAGCACGUCUCAUCGACCGCUGCGUGAGUCCGGAGACAUUAUUGCAGAACGACCACCUCGAACUUGAUGCAGAGUAUUAUAUUAGCAAAAACCUGAUUCCGCCACUGGAGAGGAUCUUCAACCUUGUUGGGGCGAAUGUGAGGCAGUGGUACGAUGAAAUGCCGAAGACUCAACGGAUUCGUAAUAUUACACUUCCUAUUACUGCGAGGCAAGAGGCUGGAAAUUUACUCGCGUCUGGUGGUACAGUGUCUCUCAAGAAGACGUUAGAGAGUUACAUGAAGAGUUCUGCGUGCAUUGUUUGCCGCGCGAAACUGCCACCUGCUCCUCCGUACCUCCCAGGUAUCGAUAUCGAUGCAUUGGCCAUGCUGCCUCUAUGCUCUAAAUGCCUACGCCGACCAGCACGCUCACUAUUGGCGCUCAAGGAUAGGAUAUGGAAGAGUGAGGUUCGUGCUACAGAAGUCGAAAUGGUCUGUCGAAGCUGCUCCAACCUCGCGUGGGGCGGGGAGAUUAAGUGUGACAGUAGGGACUGUCCUGUAUUCUAUACACGUAUAAGGGAACGCUCCAAGCUCACUGGACUCAAAGAUGGUAUCGGAGGUGUCAUCGAGGUGCUGGAGGAAGGCAAUGACGAAAGACCUACUGCGGAACGAGAGAAAAGCAGCGAGCGCAUUGGGAGCGAACGACUCUCAUGGUAA